CAAGUAAGUGCCAACAGUGAGCGGAGGCAGCAGUUAGCGCUACAAAUAUCUGCUAGCUUCACCAAUGUCAACAACUGACCUAACACCUAGCGGCACUAUCCAUCACAAGUAUUCAUGAUGUCAGGAUUGAGCAUACCCAUACACCCUACCACACACAACCCCACAGAAGCAUGGGAGCAGAUCAGACCCAACCAACGAGUAAUUAAAUUAAAUGUCAAGACCCCGACAACACCUCCGAAUGAAAAUAUGUUAAGGUUUGUGUGUAUGAGUGACACCCACUGCCUCACAUCACACCUCCAGUUUGAGAUACCUGACGGUGAUGUUUUCGUUCAUGCUGGAGAUUUUACUCGAUGUGGCAGUGCUGCUGAAAUUGAAGAAUUCAAUAGUUGGAUUGGUUCACUGCCUCACAAGUAUAAAGUGGUUAUCGCUGGCAACCAUGAGCUCAGCUUUGACCCCAAGUUCACCGGUGGCCCGUCAGUCCGACAGCAUCAUAAAACAGCACAUACAGGCGGAGGCCUCAUAAAUGAGAUCCCUGAUUUGGGGAUGGAGCGUGAGCAGUUGAAGGCCGCUGUUGCAGAACCUAAUACAGUCGACUUGAUCACUAAUGCUACAUACUUACAAGAUGAGCCCCACGCUAUAUGUGGCAUCAAGCUCUAUGGAACUCCAUGGCAACCAGAAUUUUGUAAUUGGGCCUUCAAUCUACCAAGAGGGAAGCUUUGUUUAGAAAAAUGGGAUGCCAUUCCUGCUGACACUGAUAUCCUUAUCUCCCACACACCACCCAUUGGUCAUGGUGACCUUUGUUGUACAGGGGUCAGAGCUGGGUGUGUUGAGCUACUUUCUACUGUCCAAACCCGGGUCAAACCCAAGUACCAUGUGUUUGGUCAUAUACAUGAAGGUUAUGGCGUGACAACUGAUGGGAAGAUAAUAUUCAUUAAUGCCUCCACAUGUAACAUCAACUAUGUCCCCAACAACCCUCCUGUUGUUUUUGAUGUACCAAUUCCUCCUGGGCUCUCAAAAUGACCAUCAAACUGAGGAGUAGCGGCAACCUCAAGCAGCUGAUUAUCAGUCCUGAAGGAUCUAGAGGGCCACAGAAACAAGCACAAACAGGUGGAUGUUAGGGGCCAGUGACCUUCAUAUUUGAACUUGUCACCCUUAAGGCCAUAAUAUGAACAUUUUAGCCCUCAUGGUUCUUGUAGAGUAUAAAGAAAUAAAGAUGGAGGUGCCCUUUAACAUUCAUGUGGACGAUCAUAAUUUCAAGAACUUCAUGGAGUUCAACUGUGGCUGCUAAGGUCUAGAAUUGGUCCUUUAUUAUAAUGUAAUUUUUUCUUUUUACUCAAAUAUGCUGUUGUGCAGAUUAGAUGCAAAUUAUUAAUGUGUUACUGAAUAUAUAUACUGUACUGUAUCAGGAAAUACAUUAUAACUUUCAGGAACAGGUGGAGAAAAAUUUCUUAAAAGAAAUGCCAAAAAUAAACAAUACUCAGAUGAUGUAACUCAGCGGAACACUUAGGCCUCUCAUUCAACUUAUUUAUUUACUGUACUGUCUUAUGAACUUCAGGUUUCUGGUUUACUUUUGCCAAGCAUGAAGAGAAACAUUUUUAUCUUCCCAAGUUUGUUCUACCUAAACUGUGGUGAAUCUCAUACCUGUAUAUAUUUACCCGAGUGAUAGUUGUAUAGGAUUUGAAUUAGUUCUGUCAAUUGGAGUAGCCUAAUUUUGUAGUAAGUGAAACUGCUGUAUGAAUUUAAUUUUCAUAGAAUUAUUAACUGCACAUAGAGCUUCCAUUAUACAGUUGCACAAUAUGUACUCAGCAGCUGCCUUCAUUGAGGGGAAAAGCCCAAAUAUGACCAUGUAGUCUUCAUAUUGUACAUUACAUGAUCAAUGAGCAUACAACACUAUAAGAAAAUUUACAGGGUUUGGUAUUCAGAGGUAGAGUAAGGUAGUCAGGGAAGAUUGUACUACUGUACUAAAUGUACUGUAUUAUGGAUUCACUUUAUCCUCUGCUAUCUUUUAUUAUUGUUAAAAUUCCUUGUAAAAGAUCCAGGUCAUGUUUUGGGCCAUUUUCAAAUGUGCAGAAUGCAUAGUAUUUUAUAUGAAGAGCUUUGAUGAGAAAGAUAUUUAGAACAAAUAAUUAGCUAGGUCAAAAUAUCUUCAGUAUUCCAUAAAAUUAAUGUACCAUGCCUUAUAGGAUAGUUGGAAAUGAGAAAUGCAAGUGAAAAUAUGUAGAAGUUGCAGCUUUCAUGCACAACCUUAUGAUAAUUUGAUUAGUUAUUUAAAUUAUCUUUAAACAUUAUUUAAUUCAUGAUGGUGCUUGAACAUAUGAAUUGUUUUCAAUAAUCGUCUUGAAAUGUAUCACUGAUUAUUAUACUAAUAAUAUGUUGGCAUUUAAUUCAUGUGGUCAUAACUUACUUUAAUUUUAAUGAUAGUACCUGCACAGUAGUUGCCUCUAUAGUAAAGCUGAAGGUGGAAGCUCACAUGUUUUGGUCCCAAUUUUUAUGUAAUUGUUAUAAUGAACCAAAAUAUCCAGAAAGUUAAUGGAGAAAUUUUAAUGAAACUUAUGACCUGGUGCUUGAGUAUUGUGCACACUAUGACUUUGGGUCUAGACCCAUGAGACCUGUGAUGCUGAUGGCUGGACAGCUAAUUUGACCAGUUAGGCUCCCCAUGAAUAAAUUGUAACCAUGAAGUAAAAUGUGCCUUUAAAAAGAUUAAGUUACUAAUCUGUUUUGCCACAUCCAUUAUCAGUAAGUUGUUCUAGGUAGUGGCCAUAUUGGAUUUUGGAUACAGUCCUUGGGUGUUCCAGCCACACCUUUCACCUGUUUUCGAAACCUAAGAGCUAUGAUCCCCCUAUUAAUUGUAAUUUUGAAGAGGUUUAUAGGCUGAAUCUGUGCAUUCCAAGUUGGUACAAAUACAUAGGUUGUCUUUUUGCAAAGAUUUGUUUACAUUUUGUUUACGAUCCAACCAAUGCUUCAUGUGUUGUUUCAGAAAGGUGGAACUGUGUAAUGCUGGGCUAUGUCACUGAGGCUUUCCAAAUUUGAAGUGAGUCAGUUCACCUUUAGGGGUGUUUUUUGUUGCCAGGUGUCAGUACCUGGACUUAGGUUAACCCUGGUAUGAGACCGGAAUGGAAUGUCAAGAAUGUCCAAUCUGGUUGUUGGUUUAGGGGACUCAUUGGGUGACCUUCAUUGGGAUAAGACAGACCAGCUUGGGCAGAAUUUGAUCACUUAGAAAGAGUAAAUAAGAUGAGGAAGGAAAAGCUUUCUCACUUUUAAAUAUUCCAUGAACCUGGGUUACACCUACAAAUUAUGAACCCAGCAAGAGGGGGAAGCCUUAGGGUUACUCCAUACCCUUUACCCAUGUAAACAUGUUGGAGGAAAUGUGAGUUAUGCCUCUUGUUAUUUUUUGGCUUGGCACCCUCUCCCAAAUGACACUAUAAUAGGGGACAGUGUAAUAGAGGGCAUUUGAGGUUGGUUGGUUCUCUGAGGUCUACCAGGAUUGAUCUAUUCAUCAUUAUUGAUCUGUUCAGCCUUCCUUCCUGCACAUAACUCUUCCUCUGGAAAGAUUUGGAGGGGGGGGGGGUACCAUAAGUCUGCUUGAAGCAAGUAUCCAGGCAAUCAGAAACCACCAUCUCAUAGUGUUGGCCCUGUCCUCCUUGAGUCCACACAAAUCCAGUUUCGUUCAUUAAAAGCAUAUCAUUUCCUAGCUGACUACAAUAGGAAUCAGUCUUGCUGAUUGUUUCUUUCAUUGACUUGCUUUUUUUAAUUCAAAAGACUAAGACUCUUGAGUUAUCCAGACAGCUGUGGGACUAUAAGAUCCACUUUGAACAAUUUGUUGAGAUUUCCUCACUUAAUUUUGUUUGAAGCCUCUUCCUAUUUCCUCUUCAGUUUUAGCAUACAAGUUAAGUAGAAAGACAUUUGUCUACCCUUAUCCUCUGUGGAGUUUCAUGUUUUUAUUCCAUUGUAAAUUCGUUUUCUUAGUCAUUUCAAAGAUUUAGGUUAAUGUUAGUUUGGUGAUGGAUCACCAGGGUCAUUGGUUUUUCCUCUUUAUUUGUAUUUAAAAGUUCUUACUUUUAUAUCUGCCCUGCACUCUGUACACAUACAUAGUGCACUUAUUACAAGCAAUUUCAAUCAUAUUAUUCAGACAGGUUUUUUGGCUGCUGUUGAUUGGGGCUCUGGAUUCUGAUGGGUUUUUGUUUCCCAGUGGAUCCAGGACAACACUAAGCCUUUUGAUAGAGUUAAGGAGAUAAACUUAUCAAUCUGGUGAAUCCAAUGAUCAACUUUUGCAGAGGGUGUUUGACUGUCCAGUACUGGAGCUCUUGUAUUACUUAUCUCCCAUGUUUUGCCUGGUUAAGUAUAAUAAAACCUGCUUGGUUAAAGGGCAAUAGCUGGAUGUGGAGAAUUGAUCAUGAUAUCACUUUUUUGGUAAAGCCCAUGGCCAAGUGUCUUUGAAAUCAUUCUCUUUCCUUUAGGAGUGAUUGGGUAGUUGGAACUGAAGUGGAAAUUUGUGAAUUCAAUUUGAUUCAUAGAUGGCAGAGUAGUUGACUGGUAAGAUAAUACUGAUUGAAACAUCACAGUUCAAAUGAAAUCUAUGGCCUCUCAAGGCACCCACUGCACCAGUCCCCCUCAUUUGAGGUUGGCAGUAGAGGGGAUGGAAGGAUGAUCAGUACAUCCAACCACAGGAACAGAUUAAUUGUGGCUGGUUUUGGACUCGGGGAUAAUUUAGUAAGUAAUGAUAUAUUCUGAGAGCUGGCUACAGGCUCUACCAGAAUAAGUGAACUGAGAAUGAUGGUUGAAAUGAAUGAGGAAGUAUUCAAGUCGAGACUAAUUGUCCAUUCACUGAGGUUAAGGGUCUCCUUGGGUCUAAACCUGUAGGCAUGGUGCACACAAUGCAAGCAUUGCCUCGUUAUGGUCUCAGUCAUAAAAUGAGAUUUUAGGAGCAUUCCUCCAUUUAUGGACUUAUAGGUUAAAGCCUGCGACAUAUUUGAGUUGCUUUUGAAAUGAGGUCAGAGCACAAUCGAAUGUUAAUGUAGUACUGCUCUGCUCUGAGCUCUCUAGGUGUAGUUGUUGAAUUCUUGUAUUCAUAAUAGUAGUUGUGUAAAAUGUAUUUUUAGCACGUUCAGUAAUGUAUGUUGAUUGUGAACUUCAGUGAUUUACUUGCUCAGAAACAUAAUUUUAAGAUUUUUUACGUGCAUACAAACAUUCGUAAGAUUAGACUAAGAUAGAAGAUUAGAUCAGAUACAGGAGUAUUUUGAAGUCAUAGGUUAAGAUAUAAAAUUAAGGUCUGUUGAAAGAGGAUUUUGUAAUUACAGAUUCUCAGAAUUACCUUCAUGGCCGCAUUACUAGUCUGAGCACAAAAUGUGCACCUGUUGAGCCAAAGAUAUUGAAAUACAGUAUACCUCAUUUUCAUCCAUCAAGUUGUGGAUCUUGAUGGUGGUAUUGCAUUUUAAUUAUAUACAUUAGAUAAAUAAACUGAUUGUCAAUAAAAAGAUCUAUUGUGGAAGAAUCAGGUAAUCCAUUGGGCGAUGUAUCUUUGCUUGGUCACGUGUCUCUCAGUGAUGAUAAAUUCUCUUCCACCUCUGUCAUAUUUUCAGCCCCAUCACUGGUCAGCCAGAGAUUCUCAAAAAUAAACACAAAUUGACAAAAUAGUAA